UGAUGGUCUCUGGCAGAAGGAAGCACGAAAUAGCUGUUGCACAUGCACUUAAAUAACUUUUGGCUUUUUGUUAAGAAGUCGUCCGUUUUUUUUUAUUUAAACGUUUGAUUUUCGCAUCGAAGAAGGAGCAGGAGCUGGGCUUGCAUAGGGUUUUAAUUUUAGUUUAAAUGAUUAGGCAGAAGUUAUCACGCUUCUGCUUGUGACGGAGUAACGUGGACAUUUGAAGGACUAUUUCAGAGCAGUACUCCACACAGCUAAUAGUACACUUUGCCACAUUUUUAAUGAUCGUUUUUAUUAUGUUAUAGGUUAGGCCUACGUCUGGCACAGUUGGAUUGAGGUUUUCGUCGCAAGCGGGUGUAGCUGUACCAGAAUUGUCUUCACCCGUGGACGGUCAAGAGGAAUUGGUCACCUGCAUUUGUGCAAGACAGAAAAAAAAAACUUUCUCCAUCAUAAUGAUGAGACUGUAACUUUGUCCCCAAACUCAGGUUGACCCCCACCUGAAGCGAUGGAGGUCUGUUUUAGAGUGCUUGUGGGGACAAGCCUGUGCAGGACAUUGAAGUUCAAACCGGUUUUUCCUCCUGUUUUUAUUUCUUCACACUGCUUAAUGUGCAAAAGUGUCCCUAGCAGACCUCUGUCCGCACAGCAUUCAUAUUCAUGGAGGACGGCUGGUCACGUUCGCACGCUGCUUCAGAAGCCAAGAAGGAAUUCAUUUUUCUGGUGUAGGAAAAUAACAGAUGCAUCUCAAACUGCUCUGGCCAGUGUGGUUCCUGUGUUUGCAGUGGUGAAAUUUGACAAAGAGGGAAAUGUUACAUCCUUUGAGAGAAAAAAGACAGAAUUGUACCAGGAACUGAAUCUCCAAGCUCGGGAUUUGAGAUUCCAACAUCUCACCAGUAUAAGCACACGAAACAACCGGAUCAUCUUGAGAAUGGAGUUUCUUAAAGCUGUUAUCACCCCAGAGUGCCUUCUCAUCUUGGAUUACCGGAAUGUUAAUCUGGACCACUGGCUGUUCAGGGAACUAGCCCCACAACUCGCAGGAGAUGGACAGCUGGUUACAUAUUCUUUACCCUUUGAGUUCAGAGCUAUUGAAGCCAUACUUCAACACAGGGUCAGUACUCUUCAAGCGAGGCUGCAUGAAGUACAGCCCCAGGUGUUCGAAACUCUGGAGUCACUUGUUAAUCCCAAAAUGUUGUCUGUUGAAAGGAGUAAGCUCCAUGUGUUGCUACAAAACAGUAAGAACCUGUCAGAGCUAGAGACUGAUAUAAAAGUCUUCAAGGAGAGCCUGCUGAAGAUUCUGGAUGAGGAUGAGUUAAUAGAGGAGAUGUGCCUCACCAAAUGGACUGACCCUCAGGUGUUUGAGGAGAGCAGCUUGGGAAUAGAUCACGCGGAGGAAAUGGAGUUGCUUCUGGAGAAUUACUACAGACAAGCAGAGGACUUAGCGAACAAGGCUCGAGAGCUAAAAGUGCUCAUCGAUGACUCGGAGAGCGUCAUCUUCAUUAACCUGGACAGCCAUCGCAACAUCAUGAUGCGUCUCAACCUACAGCUUACCAUGGGCACUUUCUCUCUGUCCCUUUUUGGACUGGUAGGAGUAGCAUUUGGUAUGAAUCUGGAGUCCUCAUUUGAAGAGGAUCCAAGGGUCUUCUGGCUGGUCACAGGAAUCAUGUUCUUAGGAAGCGGACUCAUCUGGAGGCGUCUUCUGUCAUUCCUGGGCCGACAUCUUGAAGCUCCGUCACCACCCCCGAUCCCACCCGUUUUGAAGAGAAGCUACCUUAACAGCUUGAGAGGGGUGGACCUGAAAAGUGGACUGCGACAGGAAACUUUUGCUCCUAGCAGAAACCCCCUAAUGAAUCAAAAAUAGGCACAGGGGGAAGCAUCCUGUCAGAAUCCUACCUAAUCAGAGCAGAGCUUUCUUCAGCUUUUCUCCAGAUGCUUUAAUCUUCAUAAAUAACCUUAGUAUUUUAACAUUCACACCAAAAUAGUUCUUUCAAAGGGUUUGCUUUAUUCUUGGUAUGCAGUGCUCAAUUUAUUUUUUCUGAUUACAAACUUUGAAAAAGCCCUUUACUUUUGUACUGCAAUAUUGUUUGUGUUAUCAUAAUUGUCCAUCCCCACCCAUCACAGCUUUUGGUUGUGUUUCUGGACCUGUUCUGGAAAGUUGUGGGACUGAGCCAAACUAAAAGGUCACCAUAUCAUGUACAGUUCUAUGACAAUAUGAAUAAAUGGCAUUUCAGAAACAGAAAUAAAUAUAUCUUGUUUUGUUUAAUUUAGAAAUUGUUAUCCUUUGAAUGCAGGUGUGGAACUAAUGUAAAAUAUUUUACUGUAAUAUGAUCUAAAAGUUUUCUAUUUGUGUAGAUAUCAAAGAAAAUGCUAUAACAUCUUUCAGAUUAAUUUCUUUUCAUGUUAAUGUUGUAGAUCUGCAUAAUAUAUCUAAAGCUGUAUGUGAAACUACUUUGCUUGUGUUCACUUUUUAAAAUCAUUUUACACUAAAAGGUGUCCUGUACUGAUCUCAUAGGUUUUCAGAAUAUCAUGUUUUAAUCAGGAAUAUUGAAUAUCUCAGGUGUAGGUAUUGGAGCUCAGCAACAGUGCUCCUGCUUUUACUAUCCAAGUGGCCUCUGAAGGACUUGAAAAUCUGAAGGACUGCAUAUGACCUGACCUGCAGUUUGAGUUUAUUUCUUACAGUGUUCCACUGAAGUCAUUAUUAGUUAUCAAAUGAUGGCAAGAAAGGCACCUUGCAUUCAGAACAAUUACUGAACUGAGAACAGUAUAGAGUAUUGUGUGAAGUUGGAUGAACAAAAAUUAAUAAAUAUUUUGGUAUAAUACAAUAAAUAAGAUCUACAGUGUUGCUUCAUCUUGAAGAGCUGAAUCUUGCAGAAGUACUGGAUGGUGGUAAGAUAUGAGGUAUUCAUGUAUUCGUUAAAGGUUUAUAAACUAAAUAAUUGUGGAUUUCCUACAAAUACCUCUCAGCCAAGGGUUUUCUUGCUAUUUCUGGCACUACAGUCUUGAUUGUGAACCUAAUGGUUCUGCAUAGCAUUCAUGUACUAUAUAAACAGGAGUACUAGCAUUUCCUUUCUCUCUUUCAAAACACUUCCUGAUGAAGAUGAUUAAGCAUUUCUGCUUUUAUUGUCAAUCAAACGCCAGAUUGCAACACAUCUGCAAUGACGAAGCACAUCAGGAGAGCAAGGCUAUGAUUUGACCUGCAGGUUGAAAUUCCUCUUCUCUGAAAAAGCUUGUUGCAUGCCUACAGCUUAUGUCUCACUGCACAGAAUGUUUCUACCUAAUCACCUGUAAUCAUUUAUGUUUGCAGUCUUUCAAAAACGUGUAAAAUUACAGGUAUUUAAACUGACACUCAAAUCCACGUGAUUCUAAAUUACUGUAACAGAUACACAUUUUUAUUUGGUAUACUGUAUACAGUCGAUUGUUGGAAUGUAGAAGGUUAAGCUUGAGAUAGGUUCCUUAUAUUGAACUAUGACUAGAAUAGUAUGAGUAAAAACGAAUGACAAUUUCUGUGUUCCUGGAGAAAAUGUUCUCUUGAAACAAUUUGUAGUCUUAUGUUUAUCCCAAUGUCAUAUCAACUUAUAAAAAAGUGCAUC